GGGCCAAUCUCAAAGCCACCUUUGAAAAUAAACGUGUGUUAGUCAAUCGUCAACUUAAGUUGUUGUUUGCUUUACCAGUCAUUCGGACUGAGAGCGCAUCGGCAUUAAAAAAUAUCCAAAGCAACAUCAAUGGGUGUUUAGCAGCAUUAGCCAUGUAUGACAUAGACGUAUCCAACUGGGAUCCGAUUAUUGUGUUUUUGUGCUCGAAUCGACUUCCGGAAACCACCCUAAGUCUAUGGGAGCAAACUCUUGUGGAUAAAGCUGCCAUUCCACUUUGGAGCCCAAUGGAUACCUUUCUUACACAGCGCUUCCGGACUUUGGAAUCAAUCACGGAUGUUAGAUGUCCAUCGCCACCUUCAACGUCAACAUAUGCAUUCCAACAACAACGGACAGCGCAACAACAUCAGAACCCAUCGGGCAGAAGAAAUUUUCACACGCUACCAACAUAUCGUCUGCAACACAAUGUAUUUUAUGCCCAAAGCAACAACAUGUUUUGCGACUUUGCAAAAAAUGUAUAAGCCUUUCUGUUAGUGAUGAUAUGCCACAAUCAAAAAACACAACUUGUGCCUCAAUUGCCUUUCAAGAGGCCAUUCGGUAAAGGAGUGUAAAAGUAAUUUUUCAUGCACAAUCAAUGCUAUUAUUGAUUCUGCAUCGGAAGCAACGUUUAUUUCGGAACGAGUGCGCAAUCUUUUAAAGUUACCUUUUUCGAAGACCAAUGCAACCAUAUCGGGAUUAAAUAAGAAGGUGUCUUCGUGUUCAUUUAAAUUAUGCACAUUCUUGUUAGGUUCUCCGCGCGAUCUGAAGCUACCGCGUUUGUGUUACCACAGAUUACCGGUAACUUACCGUCCACUUCCUUGCACAGAUCCGUACUUGACCAAUUGCCUAAGGAACCCUUAGCGGAUCCUAACUUCUUACAAAGUGGUCCAAUAGAUCUUUUAAUUGGGGGUGAUUUGUACCCCAAAGUUAUGAUGGAGGGUGUGAAGCGGAGUCUUCAUAAUAACCUUUUAUCCCAAGAAACUGCGUUCGGGUGGAUUGUCACUGGGGCAACCUCCACUGCACACGUUUCUUGCUUUGCUACCAAAGUCUCAAUGGGAGAGAAUAGUUCCAUAAGUAACCAAAUUCAAUAGUUCUGGGAAUUAGAAGAGAUCCUAAAGCGGCAUAUACAAAGCAAAGAAGACACGUUUUGUGAGGAGUUGUUGGUACAACGAGUACAAGGAAUUCGGAAGGGAGAUAUGUUUUAGUACUACCCUUUAAAAAUGAAUAUCCAAAGGAUAUAAAAUUAGGAUCUUCACGUCAUAUUGCCCUACGACAAUUUGCACGCAAUGAAAUUAGAUUACUUAAAAAUAUUUCCUUCAAGACUGAUUAUGACAACGUCAUUAAAGAAUACUUAGAGUUAGAUCUAUGGAAAGGGUAGAUGAACCUCAGUUUCAGCAUGCUCCAU